AGGCAGGAAAUACAGCUAGCUUUUGGCAUCAGACUACUUAUUAAUUGGUUGCGUAAUCUUGUUUAUUUUGAACAGAAAUAAACAUGACAUCAAACGUCAACGUAUGAUGACUCAAGAGUUGACGUGGAACGAACGAUAAACAACAAAAUUCUUCCCAGAUUUAGUUUAAACCACAGUCGGCAGUGAACCAUGGGAGAACAAACUACCUUUAUAAGUGCACUUAAGGAGAAAUAUUGCAGUGAAGAUGAGGCACUUGAAUGUAAAACUUUUGGGGUGCAAAUUGUGGUGUUCGGGAGGGCGGCUCGACAGCGGGGGAGAUCGCGGGGUGAUAGCGCCGGGGAGCCCGGUGAGCACGAAGGCGGGGACGGUGGUGAAGAGAGUCCGGAGUUGGAGUACCUGAAAACGGCUGUGCUGUGCGACCAAGGAAUCAGCCAGGCUGCCAUUCCAUCAAACGGACUGUCCUCCCUCUGUCCAAAUAUUUCAGACCUGGAUCUUUCGGGCAAUGCGUUGAGUAGCUGGGAGGAAGUAUUUACGAUAUUCAAACACUUGCCUCGUCUGAAGUUUUGCAAUCUAAGCUCAAACCCCCUGAGGGGGAGACAGAUUUGUGACAAACUUGACUUUUCUUGUGGCGUCGAUGACUUGGUGCUCAACAAUACUAAAGUAACAUGGAGUGAAGUGGUGGCCUUAUCACGCCUUUUGCCCAACUUGAAACAACUUCAUUUGUGCAUGAAUGAGUACAAUGGUAUCCCAUUCACCGAGGAGGAACUAGCAGCACACUUCACUGAGCUUCAUAAACUAGCACUGAAUAACAACCAGAUAAGGAGAUGGGAAGAGGUUGCCAAACUGAGGUCUCUUCCCAAACUGAAGACUCUCAUAUUACUAGAGAACCCACUUGAAGAUGUGUACUACGAAGAAACAUCUUCAGCAUCGUUAAACAGAAAUGCUUCAGAAGAAGAAACAGAAAAGCGUUCAGGAACCGACCCGACCCAUUCCCAUGGUGAUGGAAGAAGUACAGGGAGUGGAGAGGAGAGCCAGCCUGUACCUGAGGGGAGCGGACAGGAAGCAACAGGUGGGGAUGCUGUCAGGGAUGAGCCAGGCUAUAUGGACUCAGAAGAGAUGGUCAAGGAGAAAGAGGCAAGGGUCAAAGGCGACUCCUGCUCUGUUUCUGGAAAACAAAAUAAGACAGGUGAAUCUGAAGAAAUUCAAACUGAUGUUUCAGCACAGGAGGAACAGAUGAGGAGGAAUCCACGCAAUGAUAAGGAGCAGGUCUUCUCUCAAGGCUUUACAUCCUUAGAGUCGCUGUGUGUCACAGACACUGCUCUGUCAUCAUGGCAACACCUGCAUGAUCUCAGGCUCUUUCCAAGACUACACUCUGUCAAAAUCAAGAAUAUACCACUGUUGAAGUCCUUGGACCAAAAAGAGAGAAGAAAGCUUGCUGUGGCAAGCCUUCCAAGGAUCAAGUUACUGAAUGGGAGUGAAGUGACUGAGGUGGAAAGAGAGAAGUCCGAGCGUCAUUUCAUCCGAACCUUCAGCGGUCAUGAUGACCCUCCUGCAAGAUACCAUGAACUUGUCCAGACCCAUGGCAAACUGAAACCGUUCUCCCAUAUCAGUCUAGGAGAGGGGUUUCAGGAGUUUGUGAAGCUGAACUUCAUCUACGAGGGCAAGUGCAUUAAAGAGGAUGUAAAGAUGAGGGUUAUAGACCCAGUCAAGAUCCUCAGGAUUUACUGUUCCCGCUUGAUAGAGAUGCCAGCUAGGUUAGUGGUGUUAUACCACAAGACAACCAGCCCCCAGUCAGACGAGGUCAUCACGCAAGAAUUGAAUCUGAUUGGAAUGCCAAUGAGCCGUUUCGAUAUGAAGGACGGCGAUGAGAUUCACAUUGAUGUACAUGUUCCAUAUGUACAGUAUGUACCAGAGUGUCAAAUCAACAAAUCAUUAACUCCAAGUCCACGCUAAUUCAAGGCGCCGUAUUUUAGACCGCGUGAGGCCGCUCACAAUAGUAUUUAUCUUCAAGUACGCGCCAGUCCUCCAAUCAGAUUGGCAGAAUGGAGUGGUGAUAAAAACCUAUAUUGCA